AUGGAGCUGCGUGACGGGGACGGCAGCACCGCCUGGCCCCCCAGAUACGGAGCCGGGGACACGGAGCCGUGUGGUGGGGACGGCAGCGCCGCCUGGGCGGCCGCGUACGGCACCAGGGACACGGAGCCGCGCGACGGGGACGGCAGCGCUGCCUGGGCGGCUGCGGACAGUGACGGGGACGCGGAGCCGCGUGACAGGGAGGGCAGCGCCAUGUGGCCCCCCAGAUACGGAGCCGGGGACACGGAGCCACAGGACAGGGACGGCAGCGCCGCCUGGGCGGCCGCGUACGGCACCGGGGACACGGAGCCGCGCGACAGGAACGGCGGCACCGCCUGGCCCCAUGGAUACAGAGCUGGAGCCGCGGAGCCGCGUGACAGCGACGGCAGCAGGGACACAGGCAUCAAGGAUGGGGACAGCAGCCCCGCCUGGCCUGCUGGAUAUGGCACCGGGAACGUGGAGCCGCGCGAUGGGAACGGCGGCACCGCCUGGCCCCACGGAUGCAGUGCCGGGGACACGGAGCCGCGCGACGGGGACGGCGGCGCUGCCUGGCCCCCCAGGUGCGGCUCUGCGGACACGGAGCCACACGACAGGGACGGCAGCGCCGCCUGGGCGGCCGCGUACGGCACCAGGGACACGGAGCCGCGCGACAAGGACGGCACCAGAGAUGCCGGCGUGAAGGAUGGGGGCGGCAGCCUUUCCUGGCCUGCCGGAUACGGCACCAGUGACACGGCAGGGAUCGAGGACAGGGAUGGCAGCCCUGCUUGGCCUGCUGGAUACGGCACCGGGAACGCGGAGCCGCGGGACGGGGAGGGCACCGCCACGUGGCCCCCCAAAUACGGCACCGGGGACAUGGAGCAACAUGACAGGGAUGGCAGCACCGCCUGGGCGGCCGUGUACGGAGCCAGGGACACGGAGCCGCGCGACGGGAACGGCCGCACCGCCUGGCCCCACGGAUACACAGCUGGGGACACAGAGCCAUGUGAUGGGGACGGCAGCAGGGACACAGGCAUCAAGGAUGGGGACAGCAGCCCCACCUGGCCUGCUGGAUACGGCACCGGGGACACAAGCGUCAAGGAGAGGGACAACAGCCCUGCCUGGGCCAGGAAAUUGGGCGAGAGGGACACCCGGAGCAAGGACGAGGAUUUCACGCUGGGCUGGGCUGGCAGAUCCAGCACGGGGGAUCCCGGCAGCCCCAGGAAGGAGUUUGGUGCCGGCAAAUACAACACUAAGGACCUGGAGAGCCAGGACAGGGAGUUCAGCCCCAGCCGGCCGGCUCGGGAAAGUGACUAUGGCACCAGGGACCUGGAAUUGCAGGAUAGGGAGUUCAGCCCCAGUCGGCCGGCCCGGGGCGGCGACUACAACACCAGGGACCUGGAGAGCCAGGACAGGGAGUUCGGCCCCAGCCGGCUCACCAGGGAUGGUGGCUAUGGUGCUGGGGACCUGGAGAGCCAGGACAGGGAAUUCAGCCCCAGCCGGCCGGCCAGGGACAGCGACUACGGCACCAGGGACCUGGAGAGCCAGGACAGGGAGUUUGGCCCUGGCCGGCCAGCCAGGGGCAGCGGCUACGGUGCCGGGGACUUGGAAUUGCAGGACAGGGAGUUCAGCCCCAGCCGGCCGGCGCGGGACGGUGACUACGGCACGAGGGACCUGGAAUUGCAGGACAGGGAGUUCGGCCGCGGUCGUGCGGCUGAGCCCGGCCAAGGCAGCGACGUGGAGACGCGGGCCGGGGUGUUCGAUCCCGGCCACGCAGCCUGGGCGAGCGGCUACAGCGGCAGGGCCGUGGAGAGGCAGGCCAGGGAGUUCGGCCCCGGCCGGCCGGCCGAGCGCAGCCAGUGCAGGGACGGGGAGAGCCAGGAGAGGGAGCCUGACCCGGGCAGAGCAGCCUGGGAGAGCGGAUACGGGGAUGUGGAGAUGCGGGACCGCGAGUUGGGCACCGGCAGGCCCGCCUGGGAGAGCGAAUACAGCCGCAGGGCCAUGGAGAGGCAGGCCAGGGAGCUGGGCCCCGGCAGAGCGGCUGAGUGCAGCCAGGGUGGGGACAUGGAGAGCCAGGACAGGGAGUUCGGCCGCAGCCGGCCGGCCUGGGAGAGCAGAUACGGCCCUGAGGAUAUGGAGAGCCAGGACAGGGAGCGGGGCAGCGGCUGGCCCGCCUGGGACAGCACCAGCAGCUCCGGCCGCGCGGAGCCGCCCGACCUUCUCCGUGCGGGAAGGGCAGGUGCCCCCGAGGAGCCGGCCCCGGAGCGCGGCUGGGGGUGCGCGGGGGCGCAGGAGGGCGCUGCCGAGCCCGGCCAGGCCUGGGCCACGGCCCAGCACCACGACCCGUUCGGUGCCACCGGCACGGCCCGGCUGCCGGAUCCAUCGAGGGCCGGAGCCGGUUCCGAGGGCCCAGCGCCCUGGCCCGUGGAGCUGGAGUGUAGGGAGCCGCGGGAGCACCCAGAGCCCGGUGAGACACUCGCAGAUUGGCCUGGGGAUCCCUCCGUGCGCGCCCACGGCUGUCCCGGUGCCUCCCGGGACACGGAGCCGGGCUGGAGCGCGGAGCUGCGCGAGGAUGAGGAGGAGGCCGAGGCCGGGCGGCGGGAAUGGGCGAGCGCCUUCGGCGCGCGCUGUGCCGCACGCAGCGACCGGGCCGCGUGGCACCGGAGCAGCGACGGUGACCGGGAGCCCAGCCCGGUGCCGGGGGACACUGCGGAGGAGCCACCGGCCGCCUCGCGCCCCUGGGACGAGCAGUGCGGCCCUGUGGACGAGCAGGACCUGCCGGAGCCGCCUGCCGCCCCACGGGGCCCCGGCGCCUCCCCACCGCCCGCGGAGGCCGUGAUGGAGGAGGCCGCGGCGGAGGCCGACAGCCCCGAGGCGCCCGGGGCGCAGCCGGACGGGAGGACGUCGCCCCUGGGCGAGGAGCAGCGGCGCCCGUGGGGCGCCCCCCAGCCCGAGGAAGCCGGCGACCCCUCGGAGCAGGAAUUCCCGUUCCUGGAGGCCGCCUCCUCCGACGAGGAGGCCGCCGAGGAGCCGCGGAGCCGGCGGGCGCGCGCCGCCCCGCCGGGCAGGGCCCUCAAGGUGCCGCUCUUCCCCGGCCUCAACGCCUCCGCCAUCAAGGCCAAGCUGAGGGGCCGGAACCGCUCGGCCGAGGAGGGCCCGCAGGCGGCGGGCGGCAGGAGCAGCCCCGCCAGGGAGCCCCACGUGCAGCGCUCCAGGUCCUGCAAGCUGCCCGGCGCCGGCGCGCGGCCGCUGCCGCUGCCCCCCAAGCCCGAGAAGCCCCCCGGGCCGGACGCCGCCGCCCCGCACUGGCUGCAGGCGCUCAAGCUGAAGAAGAAGAAGCCGUGA